AGCUGAGCGGGGCGGACAGAGCCGAGCCGAGCCGAGCCGAGCGGUGGCCGCUGGGCUGUGCCGGGCCAGGCACAGAAAUUGAUCAGUCAUGGCGGGUGAUGCCAUCAUGGUCAUGAGGGGCCUGACCAAGCUGAGCAAAGCCAUCCUGGAGACCCAGGCAGGGCAGCUGCGGCAGGUGCUCCUCGGGGGAGAUGCAGUCACCAUUGCCAGGACUCUCCAGGCUGCUGCUGAGGAACAGUUCAGCUCUGCCCUGGGCAAAGUGCAGGAGCUUGGCAAACAGCAGGAGAACUUCACUGACCUCGGUGAGGAUUUUGGGAAAGACUAUGACUUCUCAGCCAGAGAGCCAUCAGAUGCUCCAAUGGACUUCUCCACUGCCCCUGGCAAGCCUCAGGAACACAGCACUGAAGGCCCUGCUUAUUCCUACACAACAAAUGGACCUUUUAGAAAUAUCGAUGAGACUGGAGAUUCUGGCAUGGGUCAGAAGCCUUUCCCUCCCAAAAUGGAUGCAAGGUUAUUUGGAGGCAUUAGGGACCCUGGAAAUCCUUUUGCUACUGCCUUUGGACAAAAUAGAGCUUUUCACCAAGACCAUUCCUCUGUUGGUGGAUUAACAGCUGAAGAUAUUGAUAAAGCCAGACAGGCCAAAACAGGUUCAGGACAGAAACCCUACAAACAGAUGCUCAGCGAGCGGGCCCGGGAGAGGAAGGUUCCCGUCACCAGGAUCGGCCGCCUCGCCAACUUCGGAGGACUGGCUGUUGGUCUUGGCAUUGGGGCGCUGGCAGAAGUGGCAAAGAAGAGCCUAAGACCUGAGGAACGCAGUGGGAAGAAAGCAGUGAUGGAUUCCAGCCCCUUCCUGUCAGAGGCCAAUGCAGAAAGGAUCGUGAGGACCUUGUGCAAGGUGCGGGGAGCAGCACUGAAGCUGGGACAGAUGCUGAGCAUUCAAGAUGAUGCCUUCAUCAACCCCCACCUGCAGAGGAUCUUUGAGCGCGUGCGUCAGAGCGCCGACUUCAUGCCCAUAAAGCAGAUGAUGAAAACUCUGAACAACGAUCUGGGCCCCAACUGGAGGGAUAAACUGGAGUCCUUUGAAGAACGCCCCUUUGCUGCUGCUUCCAUCGGUCAGGUUCAUCUGGCACGCUUGAAAAAUGGGAAAGAAGUUGCCAUGAAAAUCCAGUACCCUGGAGUGGCCCAGAGCAUCAACAGUGAUGUCAACAACCUGAUGGCUGUCCUGAGCAUGAGCAAUAUUCUCCCUGAAGGUCUGUUCCCAGAGCACCUGAUUGAAGUGGUGAGCAGAGAGCUGGCCCUGGAGUGUGACUACCUGAGAGAAGCUGCCUGUGCAAGGAAAUUCCAGGAGCUGCUGAAAGACCACCCCUUCUUUUAUGUACCCAGAGUAAUAGAUGAGCUGUGCAGCAAGCACGUGCUGACCACAGAGCUGGUGUCUGGCUUUCCCUUGGAUCAAGCUGAAGGACUGAGCCAGGAGAUUCGAAAUGAGAUCUGCCACAACAUCCUGGUGCUGUGCCUGCGGGAGCUGUUUGAGUUCCGCUACAUGCAGACCGACCCCAACUGGUCCAACUUCUUCUAUGACCCACAGCUGCACAAGGUGGCCCUGCUGGACUUUGGAGCAACACGAGGGUUUGAUGAGAAGUUCACAGAUGUCUACAUAGAGGUAAUCAAGGCAGCUGCUGACAUGGACAGAGAGAGAGUACUGAAGAAGUCCAUUGAAAUGAAAUUCCUCACUGGCUAUGAAAUCAAGGAAAUGGAAGAUGCCCAUUUAAAUGCUGUCCUCAUCCUGGGAGAGGCUUUUGCAUCUAAGGAGCCUUUUGAUUUUGGCAACCAAAGCACCACUGAGAAGAUCCAUGGUUUAAUCCCAAUCAUGCUGAAGCACCGGCUCAUCCCCCCGCCGGAGGAGACCUACUCCCUUCACCGGAAGAUGGGCGGCUCUUUCCUCAUCUGCACCAAACUGAAGGCCAAAAUUCCCUGCAAAAACAUGUUCCAAGAGGCAUACAGCAAGUACUGGAGCAGUAGGGGCAAGAAGCCAGAGGAGUAGUAAGAGGAACUUGUUUUGUUGUGAGGGUCUGUUUCAGCUGAGCCUUGCAGAGAGCGUUCCAAGCCUCCCCAGCCCU